UAAUUCUGUUCUAUCACGAACUUAAUUUUAUUUAAUCCUUAUCUACGGAAUUUUGGUGUUAAAUCUCUCCCCUAUAAAUACUAAACUCUUAUUGGUUUUACAGUCAUACUAAUUUUCUUCUCUGUUUUUGCUGUUUUUUACUCUUAACUUUUUUUAGUGAGAUUUUUGUAAAUAUGGAUAUUGAUCUUACACCAAAGUUGGCAAAGCAAGUUUAUGGAGGAGAAGGUGGUUCAUAUCAUGCAUGGUGUCCUAGUGAGUUACCCAUGUUGAAAGAAGGCAAUAUUGGUGCUGCUAAACUUGCUCUUACCAAGAAUGGCUUUGCUUUUCCUCAUUACUCUGAUUCUGCUAAGGUUGCUUAUGUUCUUCAAGGUUCUGGAGUUGCUGGAAUUGUUCUCCCUGCCAAAGACGAAAAGGUGAUUCCCAUUAAGAAGGGGGAUGCCAUUGCCCUUCCUUUUGGUUUUGUAUCAUGGUGGUAUAACAAAGAGGACACUGAACUUGUGGUUCUCUUCCUUGGUGACACUAAAACUGCACACAAGGCUGGUUCAUUCACUGACAUGUACUUGACGGGAUCCAAUGGAAUUUUCACUGGUUUCUCAACGGAGUUUGUUAGCAGGGCAUGGGAUGUAGAUGAGAGUGUGGCUAAGACUCUAGUUAGCUCCCAGACUGCUAAGGGCAUUGUGAAGCUUGAUGCAGGCUUCCAAAUGCCUGAGCCUAAGCAAGGCGACAGGGAUGGCAUGGUUCUCAACUGUGAGGAAGCCCCAUUGGAUGUUGAUAUCAAGGGUGGUGGAAAGGUGGUUGUUUUGAAUACCAAGAACUUGCCAUUGGUUGGCCAAGUUGGAACUGGUGCUGAUCUUGUUAGGUUGAAUGGAAGUGCUAUGUGCUCUCCCGGUUUUUCGGUUGAUUCAGCUCUUCAGGUCACUUAUAUUGUCAGAGGCGGUGGCCGUGUUCAGGUUGUUGGCCCUGAUGGUAAGCGUAUUCUUGAAGCACACCUCAAAGGUGGUAACCUGUUCAUUGUUCCGAGGUUCUGUGUUGUUUCCAAAAUUGGUGAUCCUGAUGGCAUGGAGUGGUUCUCCAUCAUCACUACUCCCGAUCCAAAGUUCACUGACUUGGCUGGGAAGGUUUGCCCAUGGAAGUCUCUAUCCCCACAAGUGCUGCAGGCUGCUUUCAAGGUUUCACCAGAUGUACAAAAGCAAUUCAGCUCCAAGAGAAAUGAAGAACUGACUUUCUUCCCACCCUCAAACUGAUUGAUUGACCAAGUUUCCGUCCUUUAAACUUAGUAAUAAUAAGAGAGUAGUAUUAGAGGUUUAGGAAUUGUGGUUACUGUUCUAGAUUUCCUUGUGGUGUUCGGAACAAGUAUCUUUGCGGCUCUUCAUUUUUAAUACUAAUCCCUAGUUUGAUUGA